AUGGCGCUUGGCGGAGCAUUCCUUCGCUUCGGCCAAACUGGCCUCCGCAUCCUCGAAUUCUGCUGUGCGGCGAUCGUCCUCGGUGUCUAUUCAUAUUUCCUGGCCGUCCUCUCUCGACAUGACAUGACCAUUCCCACAUGGGAAAAGGCCGUUGAAGGCAUGGCCGGCGCUGCCACCCUGUAUACCAUCUUCGGUGUUCUCCUUACGCUAUGUCUGGGCGGCAUCAAGGUUCUUGCGUUUGUUGCUAUCUUCCUCGACAUCUGCUUCGCCGGCUGCUUCGCCGCCAUCGCCUACUACACUCGCCAUGGCGCCAACCGCUGCAGUGGCCUAGUUAACACACCUCUCGGUAAUGGGCUUGCAACAGAACCUGCUCCCGGCGCUGGUGACUGGGGCUACGUUUGCAGCUUGAACACCGCCUGCUUUGCCGUCUCCAUUGGCGCCAUCUUCCUCUUCCUUGUUACCGCAUGUCUCCAAUUCUUGUUGGCUCGCCACCACCAGAAGGAAAAGCGCUUUGGCCCGUCCCCCUCCAACAACUACACCAAGGGAAGCCGCACGCCCUUCUGGAGACGCAACCGCAAAACCCACCCAACUCGCGACGCUGAAAUGGCUACCGGUGCCGCCCCUACCGCGGGUCAUGGCUUCAGACACAGCAAUGAAACUGGCAUGACUGGUUCCACCAUGCACGGUGGCCAUAUGCCCGCCACUUCUGAGCCCAAGUAUGGCCAGCCUGGCUAUGGUAUGAACGGCUACGCGGCUCCCAACGCUACUCCUACCGCCAACAGAUUUUAG